AAAAAACCUUAACGGACUAAAACCCUCCCUAAUUCUCAGUUUUUUUCAGCCGUAAGGUCCCUCCGCCUUCAUAUCUCUCUCUCCCUCCGAUCCCUAUAGAGGGAAAGAGCUGCCCGGUGAUCCCUAGCUUGCAGCACGUCUGGUCGUUAACUCCUCGCGUGGCUGCCGCCGUUUCUAGGACCGACCCACCCACGCCUCACCCGCACAGAAUAACUCCUUUAUCCAUCGUUAACUAUGGGGGCAAAAGGCAGAGUGAAGAGUUUGGAUAAUGAAAUGAGUGAUGAAGAGGAGAAAGAAGAAACCAAAAGCAACAAGACCUCCAAAUCUCAGAGUCAAGCCAAAGAGCAUAAGAGUCAACUAGAAAGACUUAAGGACAAGGACCCAGAAUUCUAUGAGUUUUUGAAAGAGCACGACGAGGAGCUUCUACAAUUUAAUGAUGAGGAUAUUGAUGAAGAUGUCACUACUGAUGUGGAAGAUGCUGCUACUGAUGUGGAAGAUGCAGAUUUACAAGGUGUUGAUGAAAUUGGCAGGCAUCGUGUUGCAGAGAAAAAAGAGAAACCAUCAAAAAAUGUUAUAACUACUGCAAUGGUUGAUUCGUGGUGUAAUUCAGUACAAGAAAAAGGAAACAUUAGUGCAGUUCGUUCACUUACGAAAGCAUUCAGGACUGCUUGCCACUAUGGUGAUGAUGGCGGGGAUGAUUCUUCAACAAAGUUCAGUAUUAUGUCAAGUAGUGUGUUUAAUAAAAUAAUGUUGUUUGUUUUAAGUGAAAUGGAUGCAAUACUACGAAAAUUGUUGAAGCUCCCUAGUUCUGGUGGAAAGAAAGAGACCAUAAUGGAUCUCAUGAACACAAAACACUGGAAGAACUACAACCACUUAGUGAAGUCAUAUCUUGGAAAUGCCCUACAUGUUUUGAACCAAAUGACUGAUACGGAAAUGAUAUCAUUUACUUUACGGCGGCUCAAAUAUUCUUCCAUAUUUUUGGCUGCUUUUCCAAGUCUCUUAAGGAAGUACAUUAAGGUUGCACUUCACUUUUGGGCUACCGGUGGUGGUGCCCUACCAGUUGUCUCAUUUUUAUUUUUAAGAGAUUUAUGCAUCCGGCUAGGAUCUGAUUGCUUAGAUGAAUGCUUUAGAGGGAUAUAUAAAGCCUAUGUAUUGAACUGCCAGUUUAUAAAUGCAGUGAAAUUACAACAUCUCCAGUUUCUUGGAAAUUGUGUCAUCGAACUUUUUGGUGUGGAUGUUCCUACUGCAUAUCAACAUGCCUUUGUUUUCAUUCGGCAAUUGGCAAUGAUUUUACGGGAUGCACUUAAUACAAAAACUAAGGAGGCAUUCCGGAAGGUGUAUGAGUGGAAGUUCAUUAACUGCCUUGAACUUUGGACUGGAGCUAUAUGCGCCUACAGCUCAGAAGCUGACUUUAGUCCCCUUGCUUAUCCUCUGACCCAAAUAAUUUCUGGGGUAGCACGUCUGGUUCCAACUGCGAGAUACUUUCCCCUUAGAUUGAGGUGCGUUAAAAUGCUUAACCGAAUUGCUACUGCUACCGGUACAUUCAUACCUGUUUCUAUGCUCCUUUUGGACAUGCUGGAAAUGAAAGAACUAAAUAGGCACCCCACUGGAGGUGUUGGCAAAGCUGUUGAUUUGCGUACUAUACUCAAGGUAAGCAAGCCAACCCUGAAGACACGGGCAUUUCAGGAGGCAUGUGUAUUUUCUGUGGCUGUGGAGCUAGCUGAACAUUUAGCUCAAUGGAGCUAUUCUGUUGCAUUCUUUGAACUGUCUUUUAUCCCACUAGUCCGGUUGCGUAGCUUUUGUAAAUCUACCAAAGUUGAGCGGUUCAGGAAAGAAAUGAGGCAGCUUAUCAAUCAGAUUGAGGCUAGUUCUGAGUUUACAAAUGAAAGGCGCAUGUCUAUUUCUUUUCUCCCGAAUGAUCCUGCAGCAAUGUCUUUUCUUGAGGAUGAAAAGAAGUCAGAGGCUAGCCCUUUGUCACAGUAUGUCUUAACUCUACGCCAAAGAGCACAGCAAAGAAACGAUAUGUUGACAGAAUCCAGUGUUCUUGUUGGCGAGCACUCAUCUGUCUUCGGGAAAAAAAUAUCAGAAAGUGAUGAAGAGGAUGAUGCCUGGAAUGAGGAAGGUGCUUCUGUCUUUAAUUCUUCCUGGUUACCAGGAGGUGAUUCCAAGACCAAGAAGCCUAAAGAAAUCAAGCAGAAGAAAAAGAAGAGAAAGAUGGAAGAGCACAACACGGUAGCUGUGGAUGAAGAUGUUGUAGAAGAGUUGGUACUCAGUUCUGAUGAAGAAGAGUCUGCUAGUGAUACCCUCUCUGCUGGGGAGGAUGACAAUGAGAAGCUAGUGCCUCCAAGGCAUCAAUGCAAGAAGCAGAAACUGCCUACAAAUAUAUCAAAGACAAAAGUAAAAUCUCGUGCAAAGAAGUCAAAGAAGAGGAAGAGGGCUAAUUGACAUGAUAUGAUACUCAACAAUUUGCAUGUCUAAUUUGUUUCAUUGAUUUACUUCAAGUAUACGUGAGAAAUGGUAUUUGUCUUGGGCUAAUUA